AUGCUCCUCCUCAUAGUUCUCGGCGUGGUCGCAGUUUCCAACCCGACUGCGGCCCGCACGGUGCCCGAGCGACGCCUCACGCCGACCUCGCCAGUUCCAACCUGCCUGGCUGCAACGGCCGACGACCCCGCGCAGUGGAGCGCGUUCGACGCGUCCGUGUUCCCCGAGGACGCUUGCGCUGGCCAUGACCUUGGAAACGCGGCAUUCUACGCCCCGGUGCUGCUGCCCGAAGCAGUUGGCGCAAACGUUGGCGUGGCCUUCGCGUCGCCGCAGAUCGCUUCCGACGCCACGAUGCAGCUCUACCGGCACGUCGAGAGCCUGUACAACGCAGCGCGGCCGGCCGGAACCCCAGAACUCCGCUUCGAACGGAUCUCACCGCCCGCAGCAAAUGACAAGGUGUUCGAAGCCGCCGUGCAGGAGUUGUUCGAACAGCCGGACCCGCACAUGCUGCCCGCCGCCGUCAUCGGUGGGCUGGCCACCGGGUACGCCGAGGCGAUCAACCUGGUCGCGACGUUCGGCACGUUCCCGCACCUCGACACCUCGGUCACCAGCGCGCGUCUCUCGGACCGCACGGUGUCGCCGUUCUUCAUGUCAAGCGUGCCCGCGCCAACCGAGUGCGGCGUGGCCAUGCUCGCCGUCGUGCACGCCGCGGGGGCGCGGCGCGCGGCGCUGCUCUUCUCGAGCGACGUCGGGGGCGAGGCCGUCGCGCAGGCGGCGGGCACGGAGGCCGACGAGUUCGGGGUUGAGUUGGCCCUGACGUCAGCGCUGCCUCCCGACGUCCAGGGGAACCAGGAGGUGUUCGAGCGCCUCCUGGACUCUAUCGUCGAGCUGCGCCUGCGGUACAUCAUCGUGGGGGCGUCGGACGUGAUGCCUUACGUCAGGCUGCUCGCGACGGCGGCGGCGCGCGGCCUGGGCACGGGCGGCGUGGAGAACGCAGGCGACGAGGGACACCUGGGCCGCGGCUACGUGUUCGUACACAACGUCGACGCCACGCAGUACCUCAUCUCCCUGAGCAAGCUCGCGGCGGCGCGGGGGGCGAGCGACCCGCUCGCGCUGCCGCAGCGUUGGGGCCUGCCGGAGACGGUGACCUUCGCGGACGUCCACAGACUGAUUUCAGGGUCUCUCACCAUAUCGAUCAAUCGGCCCGGACACACCCUGAACUACAUCCGCCCGCUCGCGCUCCAGCUCGGCGGCAACCUCACCGCCAUCUCCGAGGCCGACCUCGUGGCCCUCGCGCCCCACCUGGACCAGGCCACGUCCAUCGCCUGCGCGAUCCGGCGCCUCGCGAUGUCAGGCCUCUCCUGCAAGGCGGGUGGCGUCGCACGCAACGGCACAAUGCUGAUGGAGUCGCUCUCGGCGCUGAGCCUCGACGGCGCGCGCCAGGCGUUCAGCUUCCGGCGGUCCACGGGCACCCUGAACACGACGCUGCUGGUCCUCAACACGCAGACUGAUGCGUCUGCCAGCGUGCUGACGGCAACGCAGCGGCCGGUGCUCGCGUGGCGGCUGUACGAGAGGCCGCCGGUCGUGGAGGCCGUCGCUCCGACGGAGAUCGAGGACGCGGCGACGAUCGCGCAGCUCGACACGGAGCCGACGUUCGAGGGGGUGUUGACUCGACUUGACGACAUCCUCUGGUCGGACGGGACGCAGGGACCCACGGGGCCCUCCGACGGGCGCGCACGGGACUCGUUCUUCAAGCGGCACGGCGUGGUGGUCAUCGUCGCGGUGGCGCUCGCGGCGACGCUGCUCGUGGCGGGCGCAGCGGCCGUCGCGGUGAUCGUCGCGUCGAUGAAACGAGUGGCGUCGCUCAGCGCCAGCAUCCCCGCGAGCGACGUCGCGCUCGAGGCCGCCCUCCUCAGGAACGACGCGGGCGGGUCGGCGGACGCGGCGCUGUGGUCUGGCAAGUACAGGGGCGCGCUUUCAGCCAUCCUGGAAAUGAAGCCGAGCCUCGGGUCCACCUCGCAGCUCGCGUUCGCAUCGGACUCCUCCGGCGGCGACCUCGAGGAGCCCGGCGUCGCCGAGACGAGCGGGUCGAAGGAAGAGAGAGCGUCGGUGCACGCGGCGGACGUUUGGGCGUCGAUCGCGCGUCACCACCCCGGGUUCAACUCGUUCGGCGCGUCGUCCCUGCUCCAGCGCAUCCUCCACUGCCGCGGCCGGGGCCCGGACCCGCAGGGCGGGGGUCGGGGGGGUGUAUUGCGGGAGACGUACCAGAGCAUGCAGCCGUCAGACCUGGCGCUGGCGUCGCUCGCAGCGGCGUCGCGGAUGCGCCACCCGAGCGUCGUGAUGAUCGUCGGCAUCGCGGUCGAUCCGGACGGCCGGGCGCUCGUUGUUCGAAGCGGGAUCUCCGGCGCGACGCUGCGCACCACAGUCGAGUCAGGGGGGGUCCUGGGGCCCACGGACGACGCCCGCCCGGACCUCACCGUCUGCCUCUCGAUCCUCCUCGACAUCUGCGACGCCAUGAUGUUCAACGAGCUCCAGGGCGCGGACGGCAUCCACGGGCGCCUCAACGCGCACUCCGUGUGGCUGGACAGCAAGCUCAACGCCCGGUGGGCCACCGACGUGGCGGACCGCGUCGUCGCGCCCGCCGACCUCCUCCCGUACUGCGCCCCGGAGACCCUCAACGGCGCCCCCCCCACCCCCAUGUCAGACGUGUACUCCUUCGGCGCUCUCAUCCACGAGCUCCUCGCCGGGAAGCCCCCGCACGCGGAUCUGUCGCCGCAGGCGCUGCUGCGGAGGCUGCGGCCGGGCAACGGCGGCCCGCCGGCCCCGACCGACGCGUCCUGGGCCAGCGGGCUUGCGGCGUUGAUGCAGGAGUGUCUCAUGCGGAACCCCUCGCGACGGCCGAAGUUCGCCGAGAUCCGCGAGCGGCUGCACGGCAUCGAGGAGGUCACGCUCGAGGCCGCGGGCACCGCGGCGCAGAGCCGGCCGCCGCUGCUCGCCGAGCACCUGCCAGCGCACGUGCUGGAGCGUGUGCGCGCGGGGAGGGAGGUGCUGCCGGAGGCGUUCGAGUCCGCGAGCGUGAUGUUCUGCGACAUCGUGGGGCUGCGGGAGAUCGCGCCGCGCGUCGGCACGAAGGCCGUCGUGCAGCUGGUCAACAACCUGUACGCGCGCCUGGACGCGCUGGUGAAGGAGCACGGGCUCUUCAAGGUCGGAAACAUCGGCGACGCGUACCUCGUCGUCGGCGGCGUGGACGUUCCCGUCAAGCGAGGGCACACACGGCGUCUGGCGCAGAUGGCCAUGGCGGCGAUCGACGCCGCGGCGUCGACCAACAUGCCCGCGCUCGAGGAGAGCGGCGACCUCGCGCCCAUCGGCCUGAGCUGCGGCAUCCACGUCGGGCCCGUCGUGACGUCCCUGACCGACAGCAAGCAGGCCAGAUUCAACGUGUACGGCGACACCGUGAACACGGCGUCGCGCAUGGAGUCGUCGUCGGGGGUCCCCGGCCGCGUGCAGCUGUCGCAUGAGGCGCGGACGGCGCUGCUGCAGGAGUGGCCGGAGGCCGCGGGGCUGCUGCGGGAACGCGGGACCGUGCACGUGAAAGGCAAGGGAAAGAUGGUGACUUAUUGGCUGACGGGCGGGACGCCGUCCUCGGAGGGCGCGGAGCGAGACGCGCUCGGGGAGGCCUGCCCCGCGAUGGAUCUGCAGUGA